UCCCUUUCCAGUCCUUGAUAUCUACCCACCCACACACCAGCCUUCUUCUUCUCGCACCAUAUUAGAAUUGUUGCUCUUAUUAUUAUUAUUAUUAUUAUUAUUAUUAUCUGAUUAUUAUAAGUGUUAUCUGAUUAUUAACACCUGACUCUGAUUCUCAUACGACGCCAUGAUCGUUACUCUGUAACCUUUUCUUUUGUAUCUGUUACCAAUACUCUGUAACACAAACAAACUAAGCAGUACUACUGACCGGCGAUGCCGACACCUGCGACAACUGCCCGGCAAUGCUUGACGCCGGAAGCGGCGAAAGCUCUAGACGACGCGGUUGCGGUGGCGAGACGGCGGGGCCACACCCAGACGACGUCGGUUCACAUGAUCUUCUCCCUCCUCUCACUCCCUUCUUCUCCUCUCCGGGAAGCAUGUUCCCGGACGCGCAACAAUGCUUACUCUUCGCGAGCGCAGUUCAAGGCACUCGAGCUCUGCCUCGGCCUGUCUCUGGACCGGCUUCCGUCGUCUUCACCAAACCCGAAUCCGGACGGCGAGCCACCGGUUUCGAACUCACUCAUGGCGGCCAUCAAGCGGUCUCAGGCGAACCAGAGAAGGCAGCCGGAGAAUUUCAACUUCUACCAUACCCAGAACCCGCAGCAGCCGUCUUGCUCUACGGCGGUCAUGGUGGAGCUUCAGAACAUGAUAGUAUCGAUUCUUGAUGAUCCGGUGGUGAGCAGAGUCUUCGGAGAAGCGGGAUUCAUAAGCUAUGAUAUAAAGAUUGCUCUUUUGAGACCUGUUAAUCAGUUCUUUAGAUAUUCAAGAUAUGAAGGUCCUCCCUUGGUUCUCUGCAAUUUAAUCCCAGAUUCUGAUAUGGGAAGGAAAGGUUUCACCUUCCCCUUCUUGGGCAAUCCUGUAAUUUUAGAUGGAGAACAGAAUUGCAAGAGAAUCUGGGAGGUUCUUAUGAAGACUAAACAGAAGAACCCUUUGUUGGUUGGGGUUCCUUCCUAUGAUGCUCUCAAGAACUUCUUAAGAAUUGUACAUAGAAGAGAAGUUGCACAAAGUUUUCAAAUACCAUCUAAGCUAUCUGGGCUGAAGAUAGUCUGUGUGGAAAACGAGCUUUCGAGGUAUGCUAUUGGGGAUUAUGAUGAAGAGAUGCUGAGACUUAAGAUUAAGGAAGUGAAAAGAGCUGUGGAAGAACAAUGUAGAGGGCUAGGAGGUGUUAUAAUCAAUUAUGGUGAUUUGAAAAUGUUAGCAGUUGAUGAAGUUUCUUCCAAUAAUGCCUUGGAGUUUGUGGUCCAGGAGCUGAGUAAUUUGAUAAAUAUCCAUGCUGAGAAAUUGUGGGUGAUCGGUUCCGUGGAACGAUAUGAGGUUUACUUGAAAGUGUUGAAUAAAUUCCCAUCAUUAGAGAAGGAUUGGGAUUUGCAGCUCUUGACAAUCACAUGCCCAGAACCUUUUACAAGAAAUGAACUUGCUUCAUAUGCCAAAUCCAGCUUGAUGGAGUCCUUUGUUCCGUUUGGAGGACUGUUUGCUACUUCUUCCGAUUUCAUCAGAGGGCCAUUAUUAAGUAGCUCAUACCCAAGUUCGCCACGCUGUUUCCUCUGCAAUGAAAAGUGCAGAGAAGAAAUUAGUGCACUUUCUGAUGGAAGUUUCGGUUCUUCGGUUGCAGGCCACUAUCAGCAUUCUAGUCUGCCUUCUUGGCUCCAAAGCACCAACAGGAUAGACUCCAUCAAGUGCAGGCCACAGAUGAUAAAAUGUUAUUCAUGAGUGCGAAAAUAGACGGCUUGCAUAGGAAAUGGGACUCUGUCUGUCACCGCCUUCACUACAACCAACACGUUUCAACAAUGAACCCUGUUCAACAGUCUUCUCAAAAUCCAUCCAACACUGGAUUCCAGGUCACUAACAAGGGAAGAUACAGCAUUCCCCUGUCAAAAGAGAGCAGUCCACUUGGCUUUCUUUCAGACUGUAAUGAUGCCGUCCUUCUUUCCAUGUUCAGCGAAACACCCUCAAAAAGUGAUGAUGAGCCGGGCCGCACCACGUCAUCUCCAUCCUCCAUAAGCUCGGUGACAAUGGACUUAGGUUUGCGUAUUACAUCAGGAGAAUCAGGGAACCAGAGAAUCAUCAAUGAGUCAAAAAGCUUUGAUUUUGACCGGAAAGAUUUCAAGAUUCUCUUCAGAGCUCUAACCGAAAGGGUCGGGCGGCAAAAAGAAGCUGUAAAAACUGUUAGCCAGAGAAUAGCUCAGUGCAGAAGAGAUAUAUGGUUCCAUUUAACCGGACCAGAUAACUUGGGUAAGAAGAAGCUUGCAGUUGCUCUUUCCGAAGUCAUAUAUGGGACUACACAAAACUUGAUCUGUGUGGAUCUCAGCUUCCCAGAGCCAGCAACGAAGUCACUAUUUGAUCAUCUUGAUCUGAACAAAUAUGACUUGAAAAUCAGAGGGAAAUCUGUUGUUGAUUACAUUGCAGAGAAACUGUCUGAGAAACCUAUGUCUAUUGUUUUUCUUGAAAAUAUUGAAAAAUCCGAUUUUUUUCUUCAAAAGAGCUUGACCCAGGCUGUUAAGACCGGUAAAUUUUCAGAUUCACAUGGGAGAGAAGUUAGUAUCAGUAAUACAAUAUUUAUUACUGCUUCUGGUAAUUAUUCUGAAGAACCUGAAAGAGAAUUGCCAGUCCAAAUACAGGUCGAAGUUGAUCUUGUGGAAAGGCCCGCAUUGCAUUCACCCGUGCCAAGAAAACGCGUAAAGCGUGCCAACAUGACAUCCUACCAGUUCCCAGACUUGAAUUUGCCAGCUGGUGAUGAUGAAACAAUCAUAGCAGAGUCAACAGAAUGGAUGGAAGGAUUCCUUAAACAGGUUGAUGAAACAGUGACAUUCGAGCCGUUUAGUUUCGACUGACCUUAUAAGAAGAUGACUGAGGAGAUUGAAGGGUGAUUGUUUGAAGCAGUAGGCCUAGAGUAUUUGCUGGAGGUAGAGAGUGAAGUGAUGGAUCAAGUGAUAGCAGCUUCUUGUUUAACCAAUAAUAAGGUGGAAGAGUGCAUUAAGAGUGUUUUUAGAAAGGGAUUUCUAGAAAAUCAAGAAAAGUAUAGCUUAAAUGCUCAUUCUGUUGUCAUGUUACUAGCAGGUGUCCAGAAGAGCGUUUACCAGGAAUAAUUCUUCCCAUAAAGAUUAUAAAUGAACUAAACAAAGAUUCAGUAAGGUUUUCUGUAUUAUAAUGUGUAUGUGUAUAAAUAUACUCUGCAAGUCAUAUGGCCUUCUGCAGUUUGUUAAUGCCAUGUUUCAUUGGGUAGUUUAAUGUUUUGAAUAUCUAUGUAGUACACAUAAAAUGGCCAAUUUGUUCCAAUGAAAUUUACCAUGGUUGAAAUAAGACUUUGAUUGUUCUUA